CGGACCCGGAGGUGUCCCUGGACGGCCUGCUUGGCAGCCAGAGCGCGGAGGACUGGCGCGAGCUUGCUGACAAGUCCAUCGCCUGCCGCGUGGCGCUGGCGCCGCUGGCAGGUGUCGACGAGGAGCCGCAGUCGCCGCGCAGGGGCGAGGACUCGCAGGUCCUCCUGUCGACGACCUGCGAGGGGCUGCUGGCGGUGCCCGGCGGAGGCGACCAGGUAGACGCCAUGUACGAGGUGCUUGCGCCGCAUCCGGCUCACAAGGAGGGAGGGGAAUGUUUCUUCCUCCUCCUCCUCCUCCUCCUCCUCCUCCU